AUGAAGGCUUUUCCCAUGAUACUCGUCCGCGAGUUCAACGGACGAGACACUAGCUACCGUGUUGCAGCUCGUCGAGCUCGCAACUACUGGGAACUCCUGGCGAACGUACACAACAUCUUCAUCAAGCCGUGGGAACGCUACAACGCUCAUCUUCAUUUCGACGGUCAUGCUUGCGACGAUCGGAUAAGCCCCAGCGAAUGGGAUGCUGGAGGCUACUUCGAUCCCGAAUUUGUAGUGGACGGCAGAUUGGUACUAUAUGUACACUUCGAACAGGUGGAACCACCACCAGAAUCUAGCAUGGAUGCACACAAUCCUUUUGAGACGGAGGGAGAAGAUAAGCUAUGGUACGGGGGAACAUAUGGCGAUCAGGGACUUCGAACGAAGAGAAAAUUCUUGGAAGACAUCGAAGAUUACCUUGGAGAAUCGAAGAAAGACUCGUCAACCUAUACACUCAAGAGCACACUCGCGUUACCGGUUGCUGCCAAUGAGGUGGUGACCGUAGAUGACUCGAGCAGCAGUCAUCAUCUCGACACUGGCGUCGUGAUUGGGCGCGCCCUCCCACAAAGCUGUCUCGAUCCUAAUGUUCGCCCUGUCGUUCGCGCCGUGAUCAGCAAAGUCGGCGCUGUAGUCGCUUACAUUCCCGCGAAAUACUCAAAACGGAGCGCAAUCAAAGGAGACAUACAGAUCGCGAUGACGCACGUUGAAUAUACACCCGAGCUGGUCAAGUUCACCUUCGGCGAAAAGAGAACGCGAGCCAUAAAAGCUAUGAUCGAAGAGCGAAAUGCACCUCACAACACGGGUACACCUCCAGAUCCUGAUCUCUCUACCGUGAGUCCCUCACUGCCGAUCGUCCGUGAAGCUACCGCAUCUGAGGUGUCGUUCAUCAUCAUCGAUGAUACAAAGCAUUCAGGCCUGCGCAAAGAAGGAAUCGUCAUCGGCCAUGCGAAGGAACACUGGUGUCUUACACCACACAAACGUCCUGCUGUUCGUGCAAUGCUGAACAAGAAGAACAACGUCAUCGCGUAUAUUCCCGCACGACACACUGGACAUACAGACAGAAACGGUGAGAUACAGAUUCCAUUAAAGGACGUAAAUCUCUCGAAGUCGCUCGUAGCGUUGCCGCUGUGGAAGCUCUCUGACGGGAUCAGAGCAAUGAUCAGGGCGAAGAGGGAGACAAGCGAGAAGUCUGCGGUGCAUGGGUCAGGUGACCAAGAGGGAGGCGUGAUGAAAAGGAGGAGAGAAACAAAGACCAAGCAAGCUAUCGGGACUGCCGCGAACGAUGACGAAACGGACACUUUUUCGGAUUCUACAGACGUUCCCGAAGGCGGUGCUCAACACUGA